AUGCAGGUCUACUCUAUUAAAGUCACAGAAACAGAAGGCUAUGCCCUUGAGUGGCCGCUGAAGGAUUCAUUUUUGCACUUGACUGGCCCUUCUCGUGCAAUUAUGUCUGGUGGCAUAUUGGAGAGCAAUGUUACUAUUGAAGUCCACCUAACACUAAAGGACACAGUGGAGUCUAAGGAUAGAACAUUGAUCAGUAAAGCCUUCAUUUAUGACGAAGAUGAUCUUGGUAGUGGUGAUGUUAUUUCUACGUGUCUUCUCCAGGGCCUUUGUUCAAUAGAGUUAUGCUGUGAGCAUCUUGAACAGUCAGUCCAAGCCACUAUCGUUGGUGCUCGUGUUGUAAAGGGCCCAUUGCGUUGUGGCAAUGGCAUCAAGGUCGUUUGCUCCGCUCUACCUGAAGGUAAAACUGAAGGCAGUGUCAAGUGCCCAUCUGGGCGUGUUUUGCUGCUUGGUUCACAAGCUGGAACAGUGCCUGUGGGUGGUUAUCUAGAUCUGUCAAGGCAAGCUGUAUCCGUAAAAUCAAGAGGAAGACUUGAAAUUCUCAUACAGGCCGGAGAAAUCAGUGGAAGUGUCGUCUUCAAAGCUGAAGACAGCAACAUAAGUCGAGGAAGAUGUCGUCUUGGUGAUUGUGAAGUGGAGAUAACUGUUGCUUGGUCCCUCCUUGUUGAAAGCCAGCAUGAUAUCUUGGUGAUGGGAUAUAUAGCGCCUUACGCAGAGAAUUAAUUCCACCUUUGCCCGUCAUGAAGCUUUAUACAUAAGUAGAAAAAGGGUUAAAUGUCAAGCAC